AAAUGAAAUAUAUUUAUUUUGUUAUUUUGUUUUAUUUUAUCGGAAAUAUAGAUAUAGUUAACUCUCUUGUGUCAGAUGGUCCUUGUUUUGAAAAAAAGUCAUUAUUGUUGUUGGAUAAAGUUUCCGAACAGGAUGAUAAAUCAUUUCAUGAAUCUCUGUCUAAAUUGAUGCACACUCCAUUCACUCUUGCAGUUAGGUAUUGCCUAGGAAGUGACGGCAACGUAUCAAGUCGAAAAUUUGUGGAGUGUGUAUCUUCGUUAAAUUCAUGUCCAUCGAAUUGGUAUUCUACGAUAAACUGGCAGUUUUGCCUGUGUAAUACAGCAUACUGUGCUCUCAAGGGUUGUUUUCAGUACUGGAUGGAAACAUUUGAUUUUAAAAAUACCAAGUGCUUUGCUCACUGUCAUCAGGGCGCAUAUUCAUGUAUAUUCAAACAGACUGGAAUGAUCCCCCGUAAAUUUCAAAUGUAG